AUGGACUUCCGCAAAGUUACGUCAAGAAAUGAUAAACCUCUACAGAGACACCAACAGGGCUCUAAGAGAAGUGCUGAAAUAUACAGUUCCGUGUUCGGCCCGUGCUGUGCUUUGGAACGUGCUGUAUAUACGAAAUUCAAAUUUGAAUGGGAUGAAAAACAAGUUUGCGCGUUUCUUAGAGUGCAAUGUGACGAGAUAGAGGUGUUUGAACGUUUCGUCGGUCAUAGUAUUCCAUUUUUCAUGAUUUUAGUCUACAAAAAUGAACCAAACGAAUGGCGUGUCAAGAGGGUGUUCCUGGGCGUGGAUGCCAUGAAAUUUGAGGCAAUGGCCCUCGAAGAGCUGCAGUAUUACACUCGGGAACUAAAUGGCUACCCUGAUGAACGCCAUACCUAUGCUUUGGACGAAGCCACUCCAGCUGAAAUUAAAUGGACCCAACUUGCGGAAUUGGAAAGAAAACAAGAGAAGGUAGACGUGGAAAAUCGCCAAGCUCUUCGUCAAGCGGCCCGCAAACGUCAUCGAGCUGAACUCAUGGUGCCUUUCUUGAAGCAUCUUAAUUUCGUGCUGUUCUGGCCUCACAUGAAGCACGCCCAUGUCGAGUUGUAUGAAAGAUGGGAUGAGCACAACAUAAUAAUGGUGGGUCGUGAAGAGCUGCAGCUAGACGAGGACACUGCACGUGACAUUCUGUAUGGCGGAGACGCGCCAACAAACCCAGCCGCCAUGUUUGCGUUGCUCUCUGGUCCUGCGCUGGCUAUUUGUUUCAGAGCUCUUGAUCAAAUUGAAUUUGUGCCCUUAGUCCGCCACAUUUUAUACCAACCACCAGACGAAGAGGAAGUAACAAAAGAAGGAACAGAGAAGAAACGACCAAAUGCAAACAGGAUAUCCGCGUACGAUCAUUAUAAAACUUAUAGUCCCACGAGGCAACAGAUUUGGCAAAUGAGACGAGAGGCCAAAGAACAGAAAAAGAUAGAUAAAAAAUUCAAACGUGAUAGACUGUUAGCAGAGAAGAAACGUAUAGCUCGACAAGCCAUUGCUGAAGAACUUCAGGCCAUGAAAAUAGCUAAAGAGAAUAAAAAAAUGGAAUAUUUGAAAGCCGGUAACCUGGAAGAGAUGGACAGAUUAAAUGAGGAGCCAGAACCCACUGAAGAAGAUGUGGACAUUGUAGUUCCUGAGGAGCUGUCAGACCCGGAAGAUGAAGAAAGCGAAGUGGAGGAAAACGAGGACGAAUACUUCCCACCAGCAGGUCUCGUUGUGCCUGGGUUCUAUGCUCCACCGAAUGACGUUGCCAAGGCCAACGGCUUGGCUGUUCUUUUUCCUAGGCAUGUAAUGGAGAAUGUAACGCCUCAACCUGAGUUCCUUCCACCACAUGUCCUGGUGAUGCUGGAUAUCAACAAACGACACAAGGUCAUCACUGUUAUUACUCCGUAUAAGUACUCCAUCAUACAUUUGGGCAUUUUCAAAGCUCGUACUCCUUAUGAUUCCCAUCACAUUGCGUAUAGCGUUAAACAGUUCGAUGCGUUAGGCGAAGAGGCUAACCUGGAAGAACUAAAGCUUUGUUUCAUGGUAUCUACUGUAAAAGACUUUGGUGUUCUAUGCCUAAUGGAUCUGUCGCCGAUUCAUGUGAGUCGCGACAACGUGGCGGGCGAAGACGAAUGUGCAGCUUUAUUUGGCGUUGAUUAUGCAGACGAUUAUCCUGAAUUCGAGGAUUUUGAGGAAAAUGAAGAAUAAAAUACAGGAUAUGAAGAUAUAUAGAGAAGACGUACGGCCAGACGUACUGCGAUGCAAUG